AUAUGAAUAACCCUUCACACUCAAUGGGAGUUGGGCAACCGCACCAUCCAACUAAUCACACAAGACCAUUUUUCUAUGUUCAACCACCAACUCAACCUUAUUAUAAUAUGUAUCAAUGGAAUAUCAAUCCAUAUGGCCAGUAUGGUCUUCCCCCAUCAGGUACAAUGGCACAAAUUUUUCUAAAAUCUUUAAAAUAUCAAAUCAUUUGUUUAUUUAAAAUGAUAAUUCUUAUACAACUUAUAAUAUUGUCUUUGAAUUUCCAGUUAUUCCUUAUGGACGUCCAUAUAUGGCUCCAUAUCCAUAUACCGGUAUGCAGUAUCCGGGAUAUGUGGUUCCACAGGCUCCGAUGCAGCCUGUUGAUUACAGUAGGGUGUUUAACCCCCACAUCUCCUCUGCGACCUACGACGUCCAGUUCCGCCACCACUACCAGCAACAGGCCUGCGUUCGGCGAGAGACCGCUUGUUCUGAGGUUCAAACCGAUCCGAGCGAUGCGGUCCACAAGCUGAUCGACAGCCUGGACAGGCUCAGAACCAGUGAGAAGCCACCUGAAGACAGUGAGCUAAACCCUAACUCUGACCUAGGGUCCCUAACCUCUGAGACAACCAUCUCUUCCUGUGGGAUGACCAUAUCUUCCUCUGGGAAUGUGGAAGACUUCUGUGGGCAGGGUAGGGAACUGGAGUCGAGACCUCUGACACAAAGACAACCCCAGCAGGGUAAGGGGAGGCAGAGGGACUCUCCUCUGGCCAGCAGCGUAUUCAGUGACUCUACUAUUACAGCGGCGGUCUAUGAUGCAGAGUCCAGCCACAGCUGCCUGGAGGAGCUGGCCAAGCAGGAUUGCUGGUCCCUGGGCUCUGGGGUGCUGCCCAUUGACAGCUCUUCUGUCCAUGAGGAGGAGAGUCUGGAGGAGUCUAGGCAGCAAUACCACUCUGAGAAGCUCUGCCUGAAUACUGAAGAACCUGGGAUAGAGGGACAGUCCAGAGAACAUCCUGAUCCUCCAGAGGAUGUAAAACAUGACUCUGGGGCCUUGACACAGAGCCUUGAACUGAAUGGGGCUUCACAUGACCACCACUCACUUGACUGUCUGGCUCCAGAACAAGAUUGUGACAAGGUUCUGAUUCCAUCCCACUUGGCCUCUGAGCUGAAGGACCCUAUAGAAAGUCUAGCCUCCAAGGCAGAGGACUUGCCUUACAGAAUCCUCAGGCUGCCCUGUGAUCAGGUAACAGGCAUGCUGCUGGACGAUCCACUGUGGUAUGUUGACUCUGCUGCAUCCAGUCUGGUGCCUCCACCACAAAGCAAUCUGUCCACGCUUGGGAGUGCCUACUACUAUAGCUACUACCCACAAGUGGCCCAGGAGCGCCAGAGUGUCCUCAGCCCAUCCAUAGACGAGCUCUCCUCCAGAGACGAGCUCUUCUCCACUGAUGUCGAAGACGUUGACCUGAUCUCUGGUGGUCACGUGUACAUGGGAGGCGGCAAGCUAGCCGAGGCAGCCUGCGACACACCUGAUCUCUCUGGUAAGGAAAACGUACCAACUCAAUCCAACCCAGUAGAGGAAAGUUUUGCAGCUUGUUCUAAGACCUGUCUCAGCUGUGGCCUGAGCCUGGCGGAAGAGUCGAGGCCAGGCAAAUCAGAAGGGCCAUGCCAUUAUGUGGAGCGGGAGGAAACGGAGGAAGAUGACUACAAUGAGGAGGGAGGGGAGCUGUUGAGCGCCUGUCAGGUGCCUGUGAAGAAACCACAUCACCCUAACAGAGUGCCUCAGCCCUCUGCUCGCCAGUUUCCUAACAGUAAACCAAAGAGGGGCUGCUGUGAGGACCACCAUGAAGUAAUCUGUCAUGAAGAGCAGGAGCACGGUUACCUCUGGAGUUUUGACUGCUGUGAGGACCACAAAGCUACUGUCAAAGCUGACAAGCAUAAAGGGAAAGGAGGACCAAGAAAUGCCCCAUGUAGGCCUUAUAAUGGUAAGAUUCUUUCAAUUUCUUGACAUAGUCUGAAAAUGUCCCUUUCUAAAUAGUGUUUUACUUUUAAUCCUCCGAUGUCAUUCAUUACAAAUGUUAGUUUGCGAUUGUGAAAUUGUCAUGUUUCACAGAGAAACCUUGGAGAGAGGGCACUGUGGGAUCAGACCAAGAUAGUUGGGGGAGUUCUGGUGCCAAAUAUAAGCCAAAGUCUUGGAGACCGUACAAUGGGUCACAAGAACAAAGUGAGUUUCCUUUUCAAACUUCUGAGUUACCCAUCGCAUUGAUCAGUUCUCUACUUUUCACUAGUCAUUCACUGUUUGACCUGGCCAUUAUUGGCGUCCCAUCCCGUGCUUCCCUCCCUCUCUGUAUCCUUCAGUGAGACCCCCACGCAGAAGGCCGUUUGUUCAGCAGAGGCCCAGAAGGACUGACUAUGACGAUUACGAAGAAUCAGAGUUCUCUCGCUGCCAGAGGGGCAGAGGUAAGGGUUGUUGCAGUAUUAUAGAUGCUGCUACUUUUUUGUCACAUUUCAAAAUUAUCACACAUUAACCUUUUUUUCAAUUUUUUUUCAGGGACCACAAAGAGAAGAGGCACAAGAUAU